AUGGAGACUUCUGAAACAAGCUACAAUAUUGAAAAACAUCUUCCUAUACUACAUUUGGACAAGGACUUAGCACCCUAUAUUAAGGAUAAAAUACAAAUGAGUUGGCGGAGAUCCGGUAACAUUAAUGAUCUACUUGUACGCAGUCAUUUCCAGGGAGGAAACACUAAAUUAAAAUCUAAAUCACAAGAAUUGUAUCUGAAGUAUGUUGGCAUCACCAUCCGCAAAUUUAAAGAGAGGAUUUUAGAACAUGUAGGGAACUGCCGAAAUGCAGCUACUGACCUCACCCGUAUGAGAAAACUAACCACAGUUGCUAGACAUUUCAACUCUCAUCAUAAGGACUUUACUAAGGAUCUGAAGAUCUUCGGUUUAGACAGAGACCCCGAAGUCUCACGGCUGCUUGCGGUCCCGGGCUGUGUGGAAACGGGUGUGCAGGCCUGCACACACCGCCACCGGCUCUCAGCAGUAACAGUGACGGGGCACCGGGAGACCACACAGGAAUAUUAUCAGCGGCUUCACCGUUCACCAGCCGCAGAGAAGAAGGGCUGCGGAAUACCCAAAAUAUCCCCGGUGGUGUCUGGUUAUGCCAGGAUUGUGAAUGGUGAAGAGGCGGUUUCAGGAUCUUGGCCCUGGCAAGUCUCCCUGCAGGACAGGACAGGAUGGCACUUCUGUGGUGGUUCCCUGAUUAGUAGCAACUGGGUGGUAACUGCUGCUCACUGUGGUGUUUUGAGCAGUGAUCGUGUUGUUCUUGGAGAACAUGAUAGAAACUCAAAUGCUGAGGCAAUCCAGGCUCUGGCUGUAGGAGCAGUCUUUACUCACCCCAACUGGGACACCAACGCCAUUAAUAAUGACAUUUCCCUGAUUAAGCUGGCAACUCCUGCUGUUUUUGGUAGCACAGUAUCUCCAGUGUGCCUGGCCAAUCCUGGUGAGGUAUAUGAUGAUGGUCGGAUCUGUGUUACCAGUGGAUGGGGAAAGACCAGAUACAAUGCUGUGCUCACCCCCAGCAAGCUGCAGCAGACUGCUCUGCCUGUGCUGUCUAAUGCUCUAUGCAAAACCUAUUGGGGUAACAACAUCAGUGACGUCAUGGUCUGUGCUGGAGCUGCUGGAUCCUCUUCUUGCAUGGGUGAUUCAGGUGGACCACUUGUAUGCCAGAGAGAUGGAGCUUGGACACUGGUCGGCAUUGUGUCAUGGGGAAGCAGCACAUGUUCCACAUCUUCUCCAGGUGUCUAUGCUCGCGUCACAGAGCUCCGCAGCUGGGCAGACCAGAUUAUUGCUUCCAACUAAAUACAUAAAGAGCAACACAGUUCAUUCUUGAAAAAAGAAAACUAUAGAUUUAAUAUUAUUGUUACAUUCAUUAAUCUAUUUGUCAUUUAUGGGUUUACUAAUGUUCAUUCAUGCGUGAAUAUUUAAAAAAUAUUAUGACUGUAAAAAUUGUAUUUCUCUUUUAUAUACUCUUUCGAAACUACUCUCACUGCUGCACAACAUUCAUCUAUAUAGCUAUACUAUAAAAGGUUGCAUGCAAGGUUGGAACUGCAAGAGGUACAGCCCCUAUGGGUCCCAGAGCUGAUAGGAAACUGUAAAUGCUAGGCUGUCCCACCUCUCUGGGGCACCCACGCUGCUCUCAAAAGAGCCAAUGCAUGCAAUGGACUUUACCUACUCAGAAGAGGCCUGGGAGGCUAGAGCAAUAUCACCAGAGGGCCCCUAUCCAAAUUUUGCUAUGG